UCCAGCCUGUUAUAAUGGGUAAUUUAUUUCUAUUUUGUAUUUUACUUGAGAAAAAAAUCGAAAAUUUGCACGAUUUCGAUAAAUUAGAUUGAUAGUGUGUUGAAGCGGAAUUUUCUUAACGUCUUUUAUUGACUCAUUUAACCAGAAUGCACUGCGCGAAACGGAGUAAUUAGCUCCACCCACUAACCGUUGAAGACGCAGCCUUCAGCUUCUUUUGCGCUUUCUACAUCGCUAAAAUAUGACUAGAACCUGCGCAUUAUGUGGCUGUAAGGACAACAAAUCCAGGCCACCGGGAGUUAGUUUUUAUAGUUUACCUCAACGCAACCCUCAACUCUGCGCCCAGUGGUUAACUGCAAUAAAUCUUCCACUUGACACGCCCCCAACGCGUUACUCAAAAAUUAGAAUAUGUAGCCAGCACUUUUGUCAGGAGGACUUCGACUACUGUUUUUCAGCUAAGUUUUUGGGAAAUGCAGUGUCACAUGCAAAAAAAUUGAAGCCAGGUGCGUUACCAAGGAACACUACAGUUAGCAGCUCAACCCUGACUGAGUCUCCAUCCUUCGACACUGACGUGGAAAGUCUACGCGAUGAGCCAACCACCUCCACGCCUCAGAAAGCCCCGCGUACUCAGCAGAGAAACACAGGACCUUCAAGAAACCCAGCAGUGCUACUUUCAGAAGAUAUGAAUAUCAGCUUUUCCAGUAUUGAGACUUUGGAAGCCACUCAAACCACCUACAAACCAGACACAGACUGUACCUCUUCCACCAGCAGUGUCACAGACGUGGGAACUGCACAGAUAAGCUGGCAGGAGAAAAAAGUUGUAGUGUCAGAGUCCAAGGUACUAGAACUGUUCAGAUUCUGCCAAACAUGUGCCACCAUCAUUGAAAAAAGAGAAGUGUCCUAUCUUGAGUCCCAGAUGAGGGUUAAGUGGGAGUGUGCAGAAGAUCACAGUGGAACUUGGACGUCAUGUCCCUCUGAACGUGGAAUGCCACAGUCUAACCUCCUUCUUGCUGCUGCCAUACUAUUUACUGGAAGCACAUUCACCAAGUUGGAAGAGUGGGCCAAACUCAUUAAUCUACAGAUCUUUAGCAGCAGCACAUUCUACGACAUACAAAACUCUUACUUGCAUCCAGUCAUUCAAGCUGAAUUUGAGCUACAGAAAACCAUUGUAUUGGCGAAGUUGUUCAUGGAGCAGCAAGAUGGAAAAAUGACACACCUUUCUUCUGAUGGCCGGUCAGACAGCCCUGGGUUUAACGCAAAAUACACAUCUUACACUUUCAUGGCUGACCCCGGCAGGGAAAUUAUCCAUUCAGAGUUGGUCCAGGUGACCGAGACCACAAGCUCAGGGGCUAUGGAGACUGUUGCGCUCAGGCGUGGAUUGGACCAUCUCCUUGACAACGGCCUACAUGUGGAGGUCUUGGCAACUGAUCGUUCCACGAGUGUCAAGAAAAUAAUGCGCGAGGAAUAUGAAGAGAUCGAUCAUCAAUUUGAUAUUUGGCACACUGCUAAGAAUAUCCAAAGCAAAUUGAUAGCCAAGUCCAAGAAGAGGGCAUGUGCCGCGUUGAAACCUUGGAUCCGCUCAGUCCGGAACCAUUUCUGGUACUCUACUGCCAAGGCAGGAGGAAAUGUCAAGACACUGAAGUCGACGUGGAAUUCAAUUCUGCACCACAUAAUUGAUGAACAUACAUGGACUGAAGGAGGUACUGAGCAUAGCUGUCAUCACCCACCUCUCACUGAUGAAGACCGGGAGAAAAAAAUGUGGCUGUGUAAGGAUAGUGAAGCAUAUCAGGAGCUGUCUAGAAUAGUCCUCAACACAACACUCCAGAAGGAUCUAGAAAACACGGUCCGUUUCAAACACACAGGUGCCUUGGAAGUAUUCCACAGUUCCCUCUUAAAAUAUGCUCCAAAGAGACAGUGCUUUUCCUACCAGAGUAUGAAGCAGAGAACAAACUUGGCCAUCAUGCAUCACAAUGAGAACCUGACUCAGAAACCAAAGCUGGAUUCAGAAGGAAAACCUGUGAUCAUUCAAGAAUGGAGCAAGCGUUCAAAAGAAUGGUUCACAAGAAAGAGGUAUCAGCAAACCACAGUCAACUUCAGAACCAGAUUGAUGCAGUUGGUGUUGGAGAGGCGGAAUGAUCCUACUGUCAUCUUCAGGGACACAUCUUCAACUCUUCUUACACCUGACCUGCCUGCUAACAUAGGAACAGUCCCCAAACCAUCCAAAGAUGAUGCAGGCCGUAAACACAAGAGUCGUUUUGCUAAAUGAUUAACUCAUUAACCACCAGUGUCUAUUUAUAAUACAAGCCUCUUGUAAAAAUGAGUUGCAAUUUGUGUGAUUAUCCCAUUACCGUUUGCUAAUGCAUCAGUUCAUUCAUCAGUUUUUUAUAUAAGCUCUGUAUGUGUGGCCAUUUAAUAAAUAUUUAUUGAACCGGCAAUAUGUUUCACAUAUGCUUACAGAAGUGAAAAUAGCUUAGGUUUACAGUCAUGUGUAUUUACAUGAGUAAAAUGGCUUUGGCUUACAGUCAUUUGUCCUAGAUAUAAACAUGUGUCCACAUUUUCUUAUAAUUGUGUGUAGCGCAAAUCCAAAGGUGAAUGUGAAUUCCUUCAAAUUAGAGCUGUGUUGUCAAAAACAAAGGUUUUCACAUGUGGGCUAACCUAAAGUU